AUGGUGGCGGCGAGUUUUGUCGAACAAAAGAGGGAGAAUCUUGUGAGCUCUCCAUCUGUUGAUCCACUACUUCGUCGUCAUCAACUACAGUUUAGCAAUAAAGAUGGUGAAAAAAUUGAUGUGGAAGCUGUUAUCCAAGAUACACUACCAUCAGGAUCGCAACUAGGUACAGUAAUAGGAAUUCACGGUGCACCAGGCUCGCAUAAGGAUUUCAAGUAUAUUGUGCCACUGCUACAAGAAAAAGGAAUUCGAUUUAUUGGUGUUAAUAUGCCUGGUUUCGGACUGACUCCGGGUAUGAUU